AUGGUUACUUGGGCGACGGCGGAAAUGGCAACGGCGCUGCCGCCACCGGCGCUAUUCCAAUCCGGGGCGGCGUCGGUGCCACGCCCGCCGCUACCACCGCCGCCGGCGACGGCGGAAAUGGCAACGGCGCUGCCGCCACCGGCGCUAUUACAAUCCGGGGCGGCGUCGGUGCCACGCCCGCCGCUACCACCGCCGCCGGCGACGGCGGAGAUGGCAACGGCGCUGCCGCCACCGGCGCUAUUACAAUCCGGGGCGGCGUCGGUGCCACGCCCGCCGCUACCACCGCCGCCGGCGACGGCGGAGAUGGCAACGGCGCUGCCGCCACCGGCGCUAUUCCAAUCCGGGGCGGCGUCGGUGCCACGCCCGCCGCUACCACCGCCGCCGGCGACGGCGGAGAUGGCAACGGCGCUGCCGCCACCGGCGCUAUUACAAUCCGGGGCGGCGUCGGUGCCACGCCCGCCGCUACCACCGCCGCCGGCGACGGCGGCAAUGGCCGCGGCGCUGCCGCCACCGGCGCUAUUACAAUCCGGGGCGGCGUCGGAGCCACGCCCGCCGCUACCACCGCCGCCGGUGCAGGAGCCCCAGUCCAUGGUAGCGUAG